UCCGCGACGCCACACUCCGGAGAGAGAUCAUCGAGAGGGAGAGAGAUCGGUAGCAGCAGCGGAGUCACCACCGGAGGCCCGGAGCCAUGAGGAGCGGCAGCGGCGGCGGCGACAUGAAGUCCUUCUUCCGGCAGCAGAAGGCCCACGCCGCCGCCGGCAGUGUCAAGCCCACCGGCGGCGUCUCCAAGAAGGCGUCGCAGCCGCGCCACCACCAGAAGCCCGUGGCUCAAGCGGUGCCAGAUCUCGCCGACGACCCGAGGAGGCGCAUCGACGAGGAGGAGGAGGAGCGGGAGAGGAUGGGUCGGGAGUUCGACAUGGACAUGCGGUACGGGCCCUGCCUCGGCGUCACCCGCGCCCAGCGCUGGCGCCGCGCCGCCGCGCUCGGCCUCGCCCCGCCUCACGCCGUCAUCGCCGUCUGCUCCGACGACCAGCCAUGUCUCUGGGAGGGCCGCGUCUAGCCACACCGCCCGAUCAGCUUGUGUUCGAGACUUCGAGUAGGAACAACCUUCUCUUCUCUUCGCUUCUGCUUCCAUCUGCCACGCCUCGUGGUACUUGCAUCGCCUGCCCAAAUCCGCUUUCUCAUGAGUCAGUGAUCUCUACCAUCUUGUGUUAAUCUGAUAUUACAAUGUCUUCAUUGUAUCAACUAUUGAAUCUUGAUUGGAUUAAUACAACUCGAAAGCAUGAUAAAUUAGCCCAAA